GCGCACGCGCCGUAGGCAGGGGCAGGUGACGGGGCAGCGGUAGGAGCGCGGCGCGAUGGUGUACAUAUCUAACGGACAAGUUUUGGAUAACCGGAGCCGGGCUCCUUGGAGCUUCUCAUCCAUAACAGAUUUCUUCUGGUCGAUAGCAGACUUUGUAGUUAUGUUCUUCCAGAGCAUUAUUCAACCAGAUUUGAGGAGAAGAGGCUAUACAUCCUCCUCCUACUUAGGACAAAGCGAUGGAAGAGGGCCUCCAGGAAAUCCUCGCCGAAGAAUGGGAAGAAUAAAUCACUGGGGUGGAGGCCCUAGUCCACCACCAAUGGCUGGAGGUGGAUGAGGAAGGUAA